GAGAGUUCAGAGAGACAGUUAGAGUAUUCUCCUAUCUUACACAUCAGGGUAAGAGGAUACUAAACUAUGGAGCUUAUCACAAAUAGAGUCAGAUUUGUUUUAUAGAGGAGUUUUGCUUGCAGAGAUUUCAGUUUUGGAAUAUUUUUUUCCGACUUUUUAUUUUUUAACUCUGCAUCACCCACCGUGAAACAUGCCUGCUUUCGGAGUUUGGAUUAACGCAAUUUGGAUUUUACUUUUCACCGGUUGUGACUUGGCUUGUUCAAGUUACUCUGAAGACCAGUGCAGCUGGAGAGGAAGUGGUUUGUCCCAGCAGCAGGGCAGCGUGGAGCAGAUCUUCCUCCACUGCUCUGAGGGCACCCUGGACUGGCUGUACCCCAAAGGGGCCCUGCGCCUCAGUCUGUCCCCCCGCCUGCCCUCUGUGGCGGUGGGGCCCGGCGGAAGCAGCUCGGGCCUCAUCACGGCCUGCGUCAAGCCCUCGGAGCAUUUCCACGGAGCCCAGCUCUACCUGGAGAGGGACGGGGUCCUGGAGCUCCUGAUCAGCGACCGGCUGGAGUCCUCCCCCCCACCGAGGGUCCGCUGCUUCAGCCGCCUGCCCGGGGAGAGGGUGGCUCUCUUCCUGCAGGCCACACCUCACCAGGACAUCAGCAGGAGGAUCGCAUCCUUCAGAUACGAGCUGAGAGGAGACUGGACCGCCCGCCUGUCACUGGACAACAACCCCAUCAGCAGUGAAGAGGCCUGCAGACCCUGCAACAACACUGAGAUUCUGAUGGCCGUUUGCACCAGUGACUUUGUCGUGCGAGGCAACAUCCGUUCAGUGGUGGAAGACGACAACCUACGAGCGGCGGUGAUCAAAGUCAGCGCCACCCGGGUGUUUCGUCAGAAGUACGCCCUGUUCACCGGCAACAGUCGCCUCAGCAGCCGCGGGGAAGUCAGGACGCUGCUGCAGUGCGGCGUCAAACCGGGGCCCGGCAGCUUCCUGUUCACCGGACGGGUCCACUUCGGGGAGGCCUGGUUGGGCUGCGCUCCCCGAUACAAGGACUUCCAGAGGGCUUACAUGGCAGCCAAAGCAGCCCAGCAGAUACCCUGUGAACUGCCGGUAGACUGAGUGUAACAACUCACCAGCAGCUUGUCUACCACUCAGAGUUGAGGCCGUUCUGAAAGCCAGGCCAAACUCAGCCCUGCUCCAUGUUUUGGAAGAAGCCAUGGUGCGCCCCAUGCAGCCAUGGCGCCACCAACGUCUUCCUAAAAGGACUGAGGAGUGAAAUGGACUUUUUCCCAACACCAUUUCAGUGCAAUAUGCAGUCACCGGGUCAGGAAUACCCUGUUCAAGUGACAUGAGGGAUGUGGUUGAAAUGAACUCAAACGCUUUUGGUAUUGAAAAGUGAUGCCAUUAUGCAGGUUCAGAGAAAAUCUAUUGAAAAGCUUUCCAUUCGAGAUAAAAUAAGUCGAGCCAUUAAAUCAGGCCCAUUGAGAGACCUUGCGUUGAACUCAGGAACAUUUAUUUACAUUUCUAUAGAAAGCUUACUGCCUAUUAGUUAGUAUCCUAGUGAGGAUACACUCUAGGCACCUUUAUUUUCAGCCAUGUCUGGCCAUGGGAAAGUUUGCUGGGGUCAUCCUCAGUGUUACAACUAUUAAGGAGAUUAUAAAAGAGUCCUCACUAAAUGUAUAUUUGCACUGAUAAAGGGAAGGGAAUUAUCUGGAAAGUGUGAUGCUGCAAGCACUGAAAACCAAAUAAAAAGCAACUAUAUGUAGCAUAGCGAUGUGGAGCAAUUGAGAAUUUAAUAUAUGUACAGAUGAUGAAGGCACAUACAGUACCUGAGCAUGUUUCACAGCUUAAACUAGAGCUGAGAGCACUUUCAUAUUCAGCCAACUCUGAGAUUCUGCCUCUGUGAUGACAUACAGGCUUUGUUACAGAAACAUAACAGUACAUUUCAGUAGCCAUGCAAUAUUUCUGCUGAAUUGAACCAAUUGGACUGCAUUUCAUUAUA